GGACCGUCUGGCUCGGACGCACAGCACAGAGGAGACGCUCCGGUGAAGUUGUGUCCCCGCGUCGGAGGCGACUUGUGUGCGCUCGGGAGAGACCAGAGAGACGGUGCACAGCUGGAUCAUACCCCCGCUGUUUUGGAAGUAUCGGUGGCGUGAACAGAGGGCUCAAAGCGGCACGAAAUGAAAUCUGUGUCGAGUCCAGAGGAUUAUAGUUGAAAAGUUACUGCUGCUGGCAGAGAAGAGGCAGAUUUUUUGCUUUUGAAUUGGACCAUUGUGCUCAGGCAGCUGCUCUUUCAAUGAGGGAUACAGUUUUGGUGCUUUCGCCAGGCUGAAAUCCUCCAGGGUCAGGACCUCCCUCAUGGCAGCCGUGCUCCUUGGGCUGCUGCUCUUUGCAAUGCAGUCUCCCCUCGUCCCCUCCAGGCCCAUGGCCGACGAGGGACCACCUCCACCUUCCACCUCAUCGCCCACCGACAACGGGACGACCAGCCACCCAAACGGGACCCUCCAACAACUUCCUCAGAUUAUAAUUAUUGGCGUGAGGAAGGGGGGGACUCGGGCGCUGAUAGAGAUGCUCAGUCUGCACAGUACAGUGGCGGCGGCGCAGAACGAGGUGCACUUCUUCGACUGGGAGAGUCACUUUCAGAAAGGCUUGCCUUGGUAUCUCAGCCAGAUGCCCUACGCCUUCCCCGACCAGCUGACGGUAGAGAAGACGCCGGCCUACUUCACCUCCAGCAAAGUCCCCAAACGCAUCCAUCACAUGAACCGUGACAUCAAGCUGCUGCUCAUCCUCAGAGACCCCACGGAGCGGGUUCUGUCGGACUACACCCAGGUCUUUUACAACCGUCUCCAGAAGCACAAGCGCUAUCAGCCCAUCGAGUCGGUUCUGGUGAAGGACGGCGAGAUCAACCUGGGAUACAAGGCUCUCAAUCGCAGCCUGUACUAUGUGCACAUGCAGAACUGGCUGCAAUACUUCCCACUGGGGAGCAUUCACGUGGUGGACGGGGAUGAGUUGAUCAGGGACCCGUUCCCCGAGAUGAAAAAGGUGGAAAGAUUCUUAAAGCUGGAACCCCAGAUAAAUGCCUCAAAUUUUUACUUCAAUAAAACUAAAGGAUUUUACUGUUUGAGAGACCACGGGCGAGAACGGUGUUUACAUGAUUCAAAAGGCCGAGCUCACCCUCAUGUGGCGCCCGCCAUCCUGCAGAAACUCUACCAGUUCUUUCACGAACCCAACAAGAAGUUCUUUGAGCUGGUGGGCCGAACAUUCAACUGGAAAUGAGCGUCUGAGACUCAGUAGUUUGGCGUAGAGUUACUUGGGGUUAGUCUGUUUUCCUCACUUGUAAUGUAGAUAAAGAGACAAAGCUAAUGUAAAUGAACUAAAUCUAUUUUUUUAUACUAGUACAUUUGUUACAGUAUGACCGAGAGCCAAAUAUCAGGGCAGACUGCAGUUCAUGACAUGCUCUGUUAGUGCAUGUCUUAUUUCUUUUCAUUGUCAAACAUUUUACUGUCUUUCUGUACUGUUAGAAACGCUCACUACUGUUCAGCUCAAAGCUGACGUCUUACAAUGACAUUGCUAUUGACAUUCAGACUUUAGACUGUGCCAGUUAAUGUGUGACAUAAAGAUAAUUACCAGGCAGUUUAAUAUUGUCAUACCUUCAUGUUUCGCUUCAUAUAAUAUGACAUUAUUAACGUCUCACUGCAUUUAGAGCUCUGAAGGACCUUUACCUGCUGCUAUGAUUUCCUCAGUCACUUUCAGGCACGAGCCGUUCUCUUUGUUACUCAAAUGUUUCUUUAUGUAAGAGUCAGAUGUAUAAAAGCUCUGCGCACAUCAUAUAUUUGCCGAUCAUUACGGUGUACUGUAAAUAGUUUUUUCAAAAAGUGAAGAAUUAAUACCAUAAUAAAGAUGUAUUUUAUUUUUA